GGCGCGGCGGGCACGGCGGGCGAGGCGGAGUCUGUGUUUCGGUCAGGCUGCGGCUUGCGGCUGUAGGGCUGUAGUUCGCAAGACGGAGGCCGAGGCCUGGGCCCAGCCCGGAGCCGCUGCCCGACCGGAGCCUCCUGGAGCCCCAGCGCCGGCUGAUCUUAGGGGCGGGCUCGGGUUCGGCCCGCCGCCGCUCGCAGGACCGAGGCUGCAUGCCGGAGGACCAGGCCCACGCAGCCAUGGAGGAAGCAUCUCCCUAUUCCUUACUUGACAUCUGCUUGAGUUUCCUGACCACUAACCUUGAGAAGUUCUGUUCAGCACGACAAGAUGGAACAUUGUGUCUUCAGGAACCUGGAGUAUUUCCUCAGGAGGUGGCUGAUCGACUGCUUCAGACCAUGGCAGUUCAUGGUCUGCUGAAUGAUGGAACUGUGGGAAUUUUCAGGGGUAACCAGAUGCGCCUGAAGCGUGCUUGCAUUCGAAAAGCAAAGAUUUCCGCAGUUGCUUUCCGGAAAGCCUUCUGCCACCAUAAGUUAGUAGAACUUGAUGCCACAGGUGUUAAUGCCGACAUCACUAUCACAGACAUCAUAAGUGGCCUUGGCAGUAACAAGUGGAUCCAGCAAAAUCUUCAAUGCUUAGUAUUAAACUCAUUAACUCUGUCUCUCGAGGACCCUUAUGAGCGGUGUUUCAGCCGACUUUCUGGUCUUCGGGCUCUAAGCAUCACUAAUGUGCUCUUUUACAAUGAAGAUCUGGCUGAAGUUGCUUCGUUGCCUAGACUGGAGAGCCUGGAUAUUUCUAACACCUCAAUCACAGACAUCACUGCCCUGCUGGCCUGCAAAGACCGACUCAAGUCUCUCACCAUGCACCAUUUGAAAUGUUUAAAAAUGACUACUACCCAGAUCCUGGAUGUUGUUCGGGAACUAAAACAUCUGAAUCAUCUUGACAUUUCAGAUGAUAAGCAGUUUACAUCAGACAUAGCCCUUCGAUUAUUAGAGCAAAAGGACAUCUUGCCCAAUCUUGUCUCCCUGGAUGUUUCAGGGAGAAAGCAUGUGACAGAUAAAGCUGUUGAAGCCUUUAUACAGCAGCGGCCCAGCAUGCAGUUUGUAGGUUUGCUGGCCACAGAUGCUGGUUAUUCUGAAUUCCUUACAGGCAAAGGACACUUGAAGGUGUCUGGAGAAGCCAAUGAAACUCAAAUUGCAGAAGCAUUAAGGCGGUACAGUGAAAGGGCAUUUUUUGUCCGGGAAGCUUUGUUUCAUCUUUUUAGCUUGACUCAUGUGAUGGAAAAAACAAAGCCAGAAAUCUUAAAGCUUGUGGUCACUGGUAUGAGAAACCAUCCUAUGAAUUUGCCUGUGCAACUGGCUGCGAGUGCCUGUGUGUUUAACUUGACUAAGCAGGACCUUGCAUUAGGCAUGCCUGUCCGGCUCCUUGCUGAUGUGACCCAUUUGCUGCUCAAGGCCAUGGAACAUUUUCCUAAUCACCAGCAGUUACAGAAGAAUUGCCUCCUCUCACUUUGCAGUGACCGGAUUCUUCAAGAUGUUCCAUUUAACAGGUUCGAAGCAGCCAAGCUUGUCAUGCAGUGGCUUUGCAACCACGAAGAUCAAAACAUGCAAAGAAUGGCAGUUGCUAUCAUUUCCAUCCUGGCUGCCAAGCUUUCUACAGAACAAACUGCACAGCUUGGUGCUGAGCUCUUCAUUGUCCGGCAACUUCUUCAAAUAGUGAAGCAGAAAACUAAUCAAAAUUCAGUGGACACUACAUUGAAAUUUACUUUGAGUGCACUUUGGAACCUCACAGAUGAAUCCCCAACAACAUGCAGACAUUUCAUUGAAAAUCAAGGGCUGGAACUCUUCAUGAGAGUUCUAGAGUCUUUCCCAACCGAGUCAUCCAUUCAACAAAAAGUUCUAGGACUUUUGAACAAUAUAGCUGAAGUACAAGAGCUGCAUUCUGAAUUAAUGUGGAAGGAUUUCAUAGACCAUAUCAGCAGUCUCCUGCACAGUGUGGAAGUAGAAGUCAGUUACUUUGCAGCUGGGAUUAUUGCCCAUUUAAUAUCUAGAGGUGAACAAGCAUGGACCUUGAGCCGUAGCCAGAGGAAUUCUCUUCUUGAUGAUUUGCAUUCAGCUAUUUUGAAAUGGCCAACUCCAGAGUGUGAGAUGGUAGCAUACAGAUCCUUUAAUCCAUUUUUCCCACUACUUGGCUGUUUUACGACACCAGGAGUCCAGCUGUGGGCAGUUUGGGCCAUGCAACACGUUUGCAGCAAGAAUCCUUCAAGAUACUGCAGCAUGCUGAUUGAAGAAGGAGGACUACAGCAUUUGUACAACAUCAAAGAGCAUGAACAGACAGACCCCUACGUCCAGCAGAUUGCUGUAGCCAUUCUGGACAGUUUAGAAAAACACAUUGUGCGCCAUGGGAGGCCCCCUCCCUGUAAAAAGCAGCCCCAGGCCCGACUAAAUUGAUAGCCAUAGAUAGUUGAAUAAUGAACAACAGGAAUCAUUUUUGUGGUUGGUUCAUUUGGAAUAAUAUGCUCUCUGGUGUUGGGGUGUAGUGUGUGUGUGUGUGUGUGUGUGUGUGUGUGUGUGUGUGUGUGUGUGUGUGAGAAGAGUCCUGUUGGUAAUGUACAGUACUGCCCAUGUGAACAGUCUGAUUUGUCUUGUGAUUUUUAACUUAUGAGGCAAGAAAGGUCUUCCUUCAUUUUGUCUUUUAGGAAAUCUUUCAGUGUUUGAACUUAACCUGUGCUUGAGAUGCUACAGUUUUAUGAUAAAUUGCACGAACCCUUAUGCAGACUUGUCUAGAGUCCCUUCCAGGUCAUUUGCAGCGUGAGCAGGGCUGCUGAUGUCACAUCAGCUCUGGUUUGGUUGUAAGUUUUAUACUGCUUCUGUAAAAAUGCCCUCAUUCUCUGUGUAUCUCUCACAAGAUGAGCCUCUUUGUGUGAGUGGAAAUCCAUUAUGUCUCUGGAAGUUCUUGGCUGUUUGGAGCCUGGAUAGCAGUCAAAAAAAUACAAAAGAAAAGCCAUGGACGAAGAACAGAGUUGAACAGGGUUAGACAUUUCUUUUAUGGCAUAGCUCUGAGAAGACAGGCUCUCCUUGUCCCCUCUACCAAGGCCAGGAGCAGGAGCUGUUCUCCAUGCUGAACGCUGGAAGAAUGGACUGUUUGUGCAGGUUAUUCUAGAAAUGCUCCCCCAGCCACCACAGUGUCAAAGCCUCUCUGAGACAGUCUGUCAUGUUGUAUCAGUGUGUUUUUAAAAUGUCAUUGGUUAAAACUGGCUAUUUUUA